UUUCAUCUGCGACUCAAAAAGUUUUUCCUCUCUCUCUGUGUCUAAAGUUCAAAGAAUGCCGGGAGUGAUAGGCCCUGCUGACUAUUCACAAGAACCGCCUCGUAACUCAUGCCUGAAAAUCAAUUCCAAGGAGCCUUUCAAUGCUGAACCACCACGUUCGGCCUUGAUUUCAUCCUACGUGACUCCUGUGGAGUUGUUCUACAAGAGAAACCAUGGUCCAAUCCCAGUGGUUGAUGACAUUGAGAGAUAUCGUGUUUCUAUCUUUGGUUUGAUCAAAAACCCCAAGGAGCUAUCCAUGGCCGAUAUAAGGAAGCUACCCAAGUACAAUGUGACUGCUACAUUACAGUGUGCAGGUAACAGGAGGACUGCAAUGAGCAAUGUAAGAAAAGUGAAAGGUGUUGGUUGGGACGUUGCUGCAAUAGGAAAUGCGGUUUGGGGUGGGGCCAGAUUGGCAGAUGUCCUUGAACUUGUGGGGAUACCUAAGCUGGCAGCUACCACACCAUCAGGAGGAAAGCAUGUUGAAUUUACUAGUGUCGAUAAGUGUAAGGAAGAGAAUGGGGGUCCAUAUAAGGCGUCCAUCCCUUUAAAGCAGGCAACGAGUCCAGAAGCUGAUGUUUUACUUGCAUAUGAGAUGAAUGGAGAGCCUCUCAACAGGGAUCACGGGUAUCCGUUGCGUGGAAUUGUCCCUGGGGUUAUUGGUGCCCGUUCUGUUAAAUGGUUGGAUUCCAUCAACAUAUCUGCAGAAGAAUGCCAGGGUUUCUUUAUGCAAAGGGACUACAAGAUGUUUCCACCUUCUGUCAACUGGGAAAAUAUUAACUGGGCAAGCCGGAGGCCAUUAAUGGAUUUUCCUGUUCAGUGUGCUAUAUGUUCCUUGGAGGAUGUGGAUGUGGUAAAGAAAGGAAAGAUAACAGUUGCUGGCUAUGCAGUAGCUGGAGGUGGGCGUGGAAUUGAGAGAGUGGAUGUAUCAAUUGAUGGAGGGAAGACAUGGCUGGAAGUGGCCAGGUGUCAGAAGCCUGAUGUUCCAUAUGUCGCAGAUGAUAUAUGUUCUGACAAAUGGGCAUGGGUAUUUUUUAAGGCUGAGGUUGACAUCCCACGGAAAGCUGAGAUAGUUGCCAAAGCGGUUGAUGUAGCAGCAAAUGUGCAACCUGAAGAUGUGGCUGUCAUCUGGAACUUACGUGGAGUACUCAAUACAUCGUGGCACAGGGUCAAAGUUAGGGUCAGUCACUCCAAUCUGUAGAUACGGGCGCUAGAAAUAGGAACUGUAGGACAAUGUACUGCUAAUGUGUUUUCUGUUACAGAUCUUUUUAUCAGAACUUGAAAAUAAAAUUUUAGCUCGAGGAUCAUCCAAAGCAAAUAUCCCUCCCCAUGAUUGGGAAGGUUAUGAACUAAUGUUGUCAUCGUGGCAACAGUAGUUCCUUUAUGAAUAAAGGUAUGCAAGUUAAACCAGACAA